AUGCCGUCCCAGGACGCGGAGCUCAUGUGCUCCGUGUGCCGGGACGUGUUCACCUGGGCCACCCCCCUGCCGUGUGGACACACCUUCUGCCCCGCCUGCAUCCGCGAGGCCUGGGGGCCCCCCUCCUCCACCCCCUCCUCCUCCUCUCCCCCUCCCCCGGGGGUCAAAGGUCGCUUCUCCUGCCCCCAGUGCCAGGAGCACCGCGCCGUGGUGCCGUGCGACUGCUGCACCCCUCCCCCGCCGGCCACCGUCGUCACGGAAACCGCCGCCCCCACCGAAGCCGUCAAGACGUGCCUGAGGUGCGAGGUGUCGCUGUGCGCGCGACACCUGCGCCCCCACCUGGAGAGGCCGGCGUUCCGCCACCACCAGCUGGUGGACCCCCUGGGGGGCGGCGGCGGGGGGGGGGGUCUGGAGGGCCGGCGGUGCCCCGAGCACGCCGAGCCGUACCGCUACUACUGCUCUGAGGAGCGCGCCUACGCCUGUGGGGACUGCCUGCUGGCCGGGGGCCACGCCCAGCACAGGGUCCGACCCCUGAGGCAGGUGGAGGAGGAGCUGAAGGUGAUCCUCCGCACUCUCCUCCUGAAAGCCGAGGACAAGCUGAAGGACGGACUGCAGGUCCUCAGAGACCAGGAGCAUGUGGACCGCAGCAUAGCGGAGUCCUGGCAGGAGAACGAGGAGCAGGUGGAGCGCCUGGGCGCGGCGCUGCGGGCGGAGGUGGAGGCGCUGCAGGGGGCGCUGAGGACGGCCACCCGGCGGGAGAGGCAGCGGGCCGAGGGCCGCGCGGCGGAGGAGGGCUCCCGCGUGAAGAGCGGGCUGGAGCAGACGCGGAGCAUCAGGCACUACCUGGCCGCCCUGCUGGCAGAGGAGGACCCCUUCCUGCUCAUCUGGGCUUUUCAAUCGGAUGACUCCAGGUUAGUGUCCGACCUGAGCGGCCCGCUGCUGGCCCCAGAUCCGCCCACCCUGGACCGGGGGCGGCUCCUGGAGGAGCUGGAGAGCAGGUAUCGGGUCUUCAUCACCGAGACCCUGCGUUGCCUCGGUGACCUGAAGAGGGAGCUCCUGAGCAGUCCCCUGACCCUGGACACCAACUCAGCCCACCCCCUGUUGAGCGUCUCCGACGACCUUCGCUCCGCCGCCAGGGUCAAAGGUCGGCUGCCGUGCGCCGCCCACCCAGAGCGCUUCGACCACUGGCCUCAGGUGCUGGUGGCGCAGAGCGUCGCCGCGGGAACGCACUACUGGGAGGUGCUGGCCGAGGGCUUCUGGGACAUCGGCGUGUGCUACAAGAGCAUCGGACGCAAGGGCCGCGAGGGGAACGCCUUUGGGAACAACCCGGUGUCCUGGAGUUUAACCCAGCAGCACGACAGGAAGCUGGCGGCCUGGCACAACCGCAGGAAGACCCGCCUCGCCUGCCAGAUGAGUGGCAACCGGGUCGGUGUGGCUUUGGACUACGACGCGGGAACCAUCACGUUCUGUGAGGUGUGCUCUUCCGGGGGUCUCGCCCACCUGUACACCUUCUCCACGACCUUCAGCCAGCCGGUGUGCUUGGGCUUUGGCCUGUACAAAGCGGAGCUCAACAGCCGCGUGUGUGUGCUUAAAGUUUGA